AUGGCUAGCGACUCAAGCAGACUCAGCGUCACAGUGUCCCUGGUUUCGGGCGAGACAGCCGAGAUCAAGCUCCUGCCUGGUUCAAGGAUCUCAGAUUUGAAAGAACAAUUGCGAAAAGUUUGGCCCAAGUACAAGGAUGCUUCUUUCAAUCUCUUCGCGCCCGACUCCGCCACAAAAUUGCACGAAACGGAGAUCAUCCAGUCGGCUGAGACACCCUUGCAUUUCUUGCUGGUGGCAGGCGAGGCUACUACAGUGCCUGUGGAUGAGAUCGUUGCUGCAAUCAAUCAGUCUUGCCAGGAUGCUGGAGGGAUCUAUGCACGCUACAACUGCAAGGCGAUCUCGUGGGACGACUGCGCUCGCUCAUCUGGCCCUAAUGGCAUAAGCUGCUCUGGACCAAACAUUACAGACUCCAGGCUUGUGGAGCGAAGCGGCCAGACCCUCUACACCGUGCGAGGCGCCAACUGGAACGAAAGGCUGGGAAAAGUCUCAGCAGAUGACGUUACUGUCCUCGUAACUGAGAAGGAUAAGGAGCCCAAGGCUGUUUCCUUGCGGCAAUACCUACGGGAGAUUCAUCAGUACGGUGCCUACGCAGGUGUUCCUGCAGACACUUCACUGCAUGCUGAUGCUGAUGAUGCGAUCAGCAUUAGAUUCCAGACCACCUUUCUGCCAGCAGCAGAGGAUGGGACACUGGAGUUCUGUGGCGAAGCAUACAAUUAUCAGACUGUGUCGGAUGAAGAUCCCAAGAAUCUUGUUUUGCUUUGCACAUCGGAAGGUACUGCGCUACAGCAACAAGGUGCUGGUCAUCAGAAGCUCUUUCUCCAUGAAGCUAAGGACAAAAGACAUAUUGCACGGAGAUGGCUGGAGGCUAAGGCCACUGGGCACAAGGUGUGUGGUGCGCAGGAGGAGAGCUGGGAAGCAGCGGCAAAAAGCGAGCACGCAGCCAUGGAAGCCAAACAAGUGCUUCGGGAGGCCCAAGAAGGUACUGCUGAUGAGGAGCGGCUGGAGCUUUUAAUGGAGCAGGCAGCACGGCUGGAGGCAGAGGCGACAGAACGAAAGCUGCGAGCUGCCGAGGCAGAAGAAGCAGCCAAAGAUGGAAGAGCCGUUGCACGGCGAUUUGGCAUUGAUGCUAUGGGAAGCCGCUGCAACAUGCUGAUGACGAUACAGGUUCCCCUGCAGCAAAAGAGACCCGCCUACACACCAAUGCCUGCCCAAGUAGGCUUUGCAGGAGAUGUGUGUGGCAUUGAUUUCGGCACCACUAACUGUCGUGUUGCUCUUUGGCAGGACGGAGGAGCCAAAGUGCUCCCGAAUUCCCAGGGAAAUAUCAAUACGCCUUGCUGUGUGGCUGUCAAGGAUGGAAAGCUACUCGUUGGUGAAGCUGCCAAGUGGAGCAACGCGCGUCCUGAGAACUUUGUUUGCGGUCCGAAGCGCUUUCUGGGUCGCCGCUGGAGUGAACUUGUUGCAAAGCAUGGGUGCUUGGAAGCUCCAUUCAAGGAAGGGAAAGACGAUGAUCGACCACUCAUAAGUUUGCCUUGCGGACCUGAAGGCCAAGAGAAAUGUUUUGAAUCCGAAGAGCUGGCCAAGGUGAUUUUGCAAGAUGUCAAGCAGGUGGUGACUGAUCACUUGGGUGGUGCGAAUACAAAGUUGGGCUGUGUGCUCACCGUGCCGGGGCAUGCUAAUGACACGCAACGACAAGCGACAAAAUCCGCUGCAGAAGCGGCAGGAUUCCAAGUCUUGAGGAUCAUAAAUGAGCCAACAGCUGCAGCCAUUGCACAUGGCCUCGCGCAGGGAGCGGCGGAACGCAAGGUUUUGGUGGUUGACAUGGGUGCUGGUAUGACAGACGUAUCCGUGCUAUCCAUUGAAGAUGGCAUCUUUGAGAUACUUGCCACCAAUGGCGCGCAGCUGGGUGGCUCUGACUUUGACGAAGCCCUGAUGGGCUACGUCAAUGCGCCAAAGAAUCCUCGAAGAGUGAGGCAGCUGCGUGAGGCCUGCGAAGCUGCCAAGCGCCGGCUGAGUUUCCUCCAUGAAACGCAGAUAGAAUUGGACUUCCGUGAAGAUGAGGAGAUUACAAGAAUUUCCAGAGCGUCCUUUGAGAAAUUGAUCUGGCCCAUCCUCCAAAAGGUGAAACAGCUUGUGGAGUCAACGUUGCUAGACGGCAAUGUUGGCAAGACUGAAAUUGAUGAUGUAUUGCUGGUGGGUGGCUCUGCACAUGUACCAAAGCUACGCCAGAUGCUGACAGAGUUUUUUGGAAAGGAGCCCUGCAACGCAGUGAAUUCUGAAUGUGCCGUUGUAGAAGGUGCCACUUACCAGGCUGCGGUAUUAUCUGGCGCCAACAACAACAACAGCAUGAUCGAUUUGCUUCUGCUGGAUGUGACACCGUUGUCAAUUGGAUUUGAAUCCGCCAAUGGUGCCAUGACGCGCGUCAUCGAGCGCAACACUACCAUUCCCACCAAGCGCACCGUGACAUUGACCACCCAUUCGGAUUUCCAGUCGAGCGUCAAGCUGCGGAUCUUUGAGGGUCAGGCCUCCUUUUGCCAGGAGAACCACUUCUUGGGAGACUUUGCUAUCGAGCAUUUGCCACCGAUGCCCAAGGGCGGUCCGCAAAUCGAGGUAACUUUUGACAUUGAUGCAAAUGGCAUUCUGCGGGUGUCCGCCAUCGAAAAAUCUACUGGAAAGUCCAGCGCGCUCACCAUCACAAACGACAAAGGAACUCUCAGCAAGGAACAGAUCGAUCAGAUGAUUCAGGGAGAGGAUGGGCAAUUGCAAGGCACCAAUGAGCUACCAGAGUCAGGACCUGUCAAGGCUUAUGGGGCAUCGUAUGCAGCCCGUGUGAGUCGUGGACGUGUGCACGACUAUUGGACAGGACUCACAAUUGAUCCAAGGCGAGAUGAAACGCAGCAUUGCACUAUCACAGUGCAGUUCUACCAUACUGUCGUUGGUGGAGUUCCAUCACCCCAGGACGUCAUGGCCGCCAUUGAUGAUUUGGAAUCUCAAUUUCAGCACUGUGAAUGGCAUGGACACCUGGAUGAGUCCGGGGCUGAUUUCAUGAAAGAUUGA